CCCAGCGCCGGGCGGUGAGGAGCUGCGUGGGAUUCCAGUCCAGCCUCCACUCACGCGUGUACACAGUUGCUUUUUUUUUUAGUGGUUGAACACAAACAGACGAACGACACCGACCUGUUGAGAAUGUGACAGCAUUUUUAUUUUUUAAUUUAAAUCGUAGAAACCUCGUCGCCAAACUUUGGCGCAUUCUCGCGUGCCUCUGUGUCCGUGUGAAAGAAGCCAUGGAGCCGAUAACAAAGUGGACGCAGAAGCAAGUCAUCGACUGGAUGAGAGGUUUGGACGACAGCCUGCAGCAGUAUGUCAGCAACUUUGAGCGGGAGAAGAUCAGCGGAGAGCAGCUCCUGAAGAUCACGCAUCAAGACCUGGAGGAGCUCGGCGUGGCCAGGAUCGGACACCAGGAGCUGGUGCUGGAGGCCGUGGAUCUGCUCUGCGCUCUGAACCAUGGGGUCGAGACGGACAACUUGAAGAGUCUGGUGGUGAGGAUGAGAGCCGCCGGCAACAGUCUCCACGCGGCCACGUCGGACCGCAGGAAAAGCCCCGUGUACGACGGCAGCAUCUCGCGCAAGCCGCCCAACGACUUCCUCACCUCCGUGGUCGAGCUGAUCGGCGCCGCCAAGAGCCUCCUGGCGUGGCUUGACAGGACGCCUCUCAUCGGGAUCAGUGACUUCACGGAUACCAAGAACAAGAUCAUUCAACUUUGCCUGGAGCUCACCACCACGGUUCAACAGGACUGCAGCGUUUACGAGAUGGAAGAGAAGAUCCUGGAAGUUUCUAAGAUUUUGAACAGCAUCUGCGAUCAGACCGUGAGAACCACCUCUGACCCCCUGAUGAGCCAGUCGGCCUGCUUGGAGGAGGUCCAGCUGACCGAUAUCAAUCCGGGAGAGGGUCUGGGGAUGUACAUCAAGUCUACCUACGAUGGGUUACAUGUCAUCACAGGAACGACAGAACAUUCCCCUGCAGACAUGACCAGAAAGAUCCAUGCAGGUGACGAGGUGAUCCAGGUCAACCAGCAGACAGUGGUGGGCUGGCAGCUGAAAAACCUGGUCUUCAAACUGAGGGAGGACCCCAAAGGUGUGGUUCUCCUCCUUAAGAAGAGGCCCACGGGCAUAACCGGUUUCACCCCCGCCCCCCUCAAGAACAUGCGCUGGAAGCCCCCGGUACAGCAGAACAACUCCUCCCCGAUCACAAUCCAGUCCCCCUGCGGCUCGGCUAACGGAUCGACCAAAAAGGAGAGGUCGGCCAUCCUGAACUUGUACAUCCCCCCUCCUCCUCCGAUGCCCUACACCCCACGAGAGGAGAGAACGGACGCCUUCCGCAGCGUUAGUAAAAAAACGAAGGGCUCCGAGUCACCCAACUCCUAUCUGGACCAGGAGAGCCGACGGCGCUGCACCAUUGCAGAUUACGACAAGCCGAGCGUCGGCUGUCCCAUCGAGGCCAACGUGAUCCUGCCCAGGCUGCGGGAGCAGAAGUCCUCGCGUGGUAAGCCCCGCCCCCUCUCCAUGCCUGUGGACACCUGCCUCGGAGUGGUGGAUCCCUACGCUAAGCCCUGGAACCAGGGGAGGAAAGGUGAGGACCUCCUGUACAGAUACCUGAGCAACGAGAGGAUCCCCACCAUCGCAGAGGAGGUGCCCUCGGUGUCGCCGCCCUACAGGCCGGCGGGGGAACGUCACCUGGUCCGAGUGGACCGCAUCAGGGGCAGCCGCUACUACUCCAACUCCGACCUCCACAACAGCGCCACCAUCCCCUACCAGGAGGACAUCAAAAAGGCCCCCGUCGGCCCCACCCCCAAGCGCGCAACGGCAGAUCGCUCACUACUGGUCAGUUGGAUCACGCGGCUUAAGCUAUUGACUCACUGAUGAUGCGCUUCCUGUCCGGGGCUUCCUGUUCCUGUCUUUUGUCCUUUCUCAGUGCCUUUCGAUUUUUUUUUUUUUUUUUUUUAAACAUCCAGCUGUUUUUUAUUCGUUUUUUUUUUAGCUUCCCGGCUUUUCUCACCCCCCCCCUACCCCACUGACCUCCAUUUUUUCCUGGUGUCACUACUACUACUCUUCAACCAAACUGGCUUUAGUAGUACUCACUACGUCACCUCAUCGCCCCUUUAACACUGCCCACCUCGUCUCUGCCUACAACUCCCAGUCGCUGCCUCAAGAAGAAACCGUUGGUUUGGAUUUAGGAUUCUGUGGACUCCUCUGUAUCAUAUUCAUUUUUGUCAUGUUUCAGUUUAAAAUGCUUUCUGGUACCGUUAUUUAAUACUUCAGAAAACUUGCCUGCUGUCACUUCAGCUAUUUGCUUAUUUUGAUUUUAAAGUGCAUAAAUAGGUUAUAGGAGUAUAGCAUGUGUUGCUGGUGAAAGUGUGCUUUUACUAUACAUGUUACUUUUACAUGUUUUCUCAAAUGACACUUUUGUGAUCGGUUGGUUCCGUUGGCCUCGACCAAAGAGAUUUCUAUAGUCACUUGAGUUGACAAAUGCUGCAUCGGUUGGGGAAAGGAUGUUUAAAUUUUGCCACUGGCAAAACAUUUUGCUGGUUUUAAAGAUAUGCACUCUCUAUUUCAGUACACUUUUAUAUCCUGUGUUUCAGUUGACUGACCUAAAAAGGGCCUACGCACGCAGCUGGUUGACAGUAAUAAAUGGUCUUUGGGGGGCACACCGGUCAAAUGGCCUUCUUAGGUCACAAGAGAUGCAGUGACAGUAUUAUUUAAGAAAGCACGGGGGAAGAAGUGUCUGUUGUUGCUCAAUCUGCCUUUUGUAAGUUUUGAAUAGCGUUUUAUUAAAAACUGCAGUUCAUGUGAGUGA